ACACGGCCAGGGAAAGGCUGUCCCACACCUGUUCCGCACAGCCGAGGAAAGGCUGUCCCAGCUCCUCACCCACACAGCCAGGAAGAGGCUGAUCCUCACCUGAUUCGCACAGCCAGGGAAAGGCUGUCCAAAACCUCAUCAGCACAGCCAGGGAAAGGCUGUCCCACACCCGAUCCGCACAGCCAGGGAAAGGCUGUCCCGCCGGGACAGAUCCCGGCCAUGCUCGCCGCGUUGGUGGUGCUGUGUCAGCUGCGUGUGGCCGUGCUCGCCUUUCCUCACUGCCCUGGCAGAUCAAAGGACUCGGAGAAACCGGAAUGGAAAAGUGUGUUCACAUCUGCAAGGGAGGCCAAUUUAUUCAUUGGACGACAUCUUCUGAACAACAGAUUUGAUUUUGAAGCAUUCACAGCUGAUAACCUGGAAAGGGAAUGCAAUGAAGAACUGUGCAAUUAUGAAGAAGCAAGAGAAAUUUUUGAAGACCCUGAUAAAACGAUGGUUUUUUGGAGAGACUAUUCAAUUAAAGGCCCUAACAUAAAAUUAGGUGAUGAGGCACUGCAGAAGAUUAAUGUCACAGGGCUGCUCAUCAGCCUGGUUGCUGCUGGAGGGCUGUUGGUUAUAAUUGGACUGAUUGUCUUCUACUGCUGCAAGAGCAGAUGCAAAUCAAGGCAGCCACCAGGGUACAUGGGGUAUGUGAGGAGCAGAAGAAGGAAUUCAGCCAACAUCUUCAGGAGGCACGAGGAGUUCUCCUUGAGCCCCCUUCCCGGGGACCCGGAGCUGCCCACCUACGAGCAGGCAGUGGUCUCUGAUGGCCAGCACGCCGUGCCCCCACCCCCUUACCCAGGGCCCCCCAGGCACCCCCGGCUCUUCAGAAAGUCCAUGUCCCUCCCUGGCCCCUAGGCAGCACCUGCUGCUGGGCUCGGGGCGGGAUGCUGGAACGUAACAUGCUUUUGAAAAAAGUGCGCGCUUUCCUUGCAUAUUGCAAGAUGAUUUACAGAAAUGUGAAAGAUCUUCUGGACGACGAGGGAGGAGCGAAGUUCCCGUUUGGGAAAAGAGGGCACCUGGCACAAAGGCUGCAGGACUGUUCAUUGCACAAAGGCACUGGGCCAAGAGGAGAGAAUGCAGAAAGAGCAAGUCUUGCACUGCUGCCCUCUUCCUUAUGAGCCUUCCCAUCAAACUAUUGAUGUUUCAUUAAUAGUUUCAUCUUCUUUUUCUUCAGAAAGAACAGUAUUUUAAUUGCUCAUAUUGACACUAGCUAUUUUUUGUGACUUAAUAUUUUAAACCACCAUAGGAAGUCUACUUUGUUGUUUGACAUAUUCACUUCUUUGCUAGGUGAAUUUUUUAUUCAUUCUUGUAAUGGACUUGAGUGCAAAAAUUAUUUCAUGGCUUGAUCUGUCAAAAAAUAUA